UAUCACAAUGGAUUUAAGAUACAGCCUGUUGGUGUUGGUGCAGCUGCUCUUGCUGCAGUGUACAACAUGCUACCGCUACUACCAAGAUCAGAUACCUAACGGGGAUCAAGUUCCUCACCCCUGUAAACCCAACUUUAUAUGGAGAGGAGUCGGACAUCUCAGUGCAUUGGGAGGUGGCGACAACAAUCAGUUCGGCUUAGACUUUGCUAACAAUGGUCAUAAGUGGACUAAGACAUUGUGUGAGCUGGACUCUGACGGAGAUGGGAAGUCUAACGGGAUGGAACUUGGUGACCCAAGCUGUUCCUGGACUGCGGCGAGUGGUAACUUCCCCGAGGGACUAACAGGGAUAACACACCCAGGCGUGUGUGACCCCCUUGAUAGUCCACUGUGCGAGUCGAUGAUUAUCAAUUGUGACACCGAGGAAUUCAUAUGUCCCGCCAUCAACGAAUCACAUGUACGUAACAUAACACUGCGGUUCCCACGCACGUUAGUACCUGCGGUGGAGACCACGUACAUGUGCAUGACCUUUGACCUGGAGUUUCCAGAUGAGUACCCUGCAGAUCAGGAAUUCCACCUGAUAGCAACACAGCCUGUAAUCGACAACCCGAACGUCAUGCAUCACAUCACAGUCUCUGGAUGCGUGGACACAGCCAGCAAGAUUCCAGAACCGAAGAACUGCUUCAUGACCGAAGGCGGCUGCAGCCUCAGCAUGGGUCUUUGGACGCUUGGGAUGGCGGGGGAGUGUAUCUACCAUGAAGCUGGAUUCAAGAUAGGCGGGAAGGGAACACACACCGUCAUGAUGCAGUUCCACUGGACUAACCCAGAGCUGGUGACAGACUACUGGGACAGCUCCGGGAUGAUCCUGUACUACACCCCCAAACUCCGCAAAUACAACGCCGGCUUCUUCUACACCGGCCAGACUCGCCUCGAGAUUCCUGCUGGUCAGCCGCGCGUCACUCAAAAAUCCACGUGCAGCUCUGAAUGUACACAGAAGAACGUCGACAACAGCGUCUACAUCACCACGGGGCUCAACCACAUGCACUACCUAGGUUACCAGCAGAAUGUGGAAAUGUUCCGGAAUGAUGAGAAGGUCCGAGAUCUGACCAAGGACGACGUGUACAGCUAUGAUAACCCCAUCAUUCACCUAUACGACCCUCCCGUCGAACUCCUCCCUGGCGACAGACUCGAGACGACGUGCACCUACAGGUCUCUGUCAAGGACCACGACCACCUACUUCGGCGAAGGCACCUUCAACGAGAUGUGCUACGGCAUCUUCACCGUGUUCCCCAUUGAGAACUUGACACGUCCUACUUGUAUCAGCUGGGGAUCGAUUGAUCUAUGCGGUUUAGAGACCGGUCCUUUGAAAACAUGCAACAUGAGCACAUUUCUUAAUGCAUCCGAUCCUGAAACAGGUUCUAUGAGGCGAACGGUUCUUGACAGCUGCAACUUCUAUGGAGCCUGUCGUCCAGAAUGCCCCGAAGUUCUAGCUAAAGUCAAGGAACAUCCGUGUCUGCAGGGCGAGGUGGGGGAAUACGCUCAGUGGGCACUUUCCUGGUCUCUGGUGGCAGAAGACAUCAAGUUCCUGUCAGCACUGUCAUCUUGUAGCUGUCCAAUAAAUUUGCCCAGUGUCAGCGACAGCCAACCCGACAACGCCGGAAAAGUUAUUGGGCUGUCCCUUACAAUGAUUGCCGCAUCUUUGCUUGUCUAUAGUCUUGGUUAAUAAAGUGCAUUGGUCGAUCCUUUGUGAGAUUAUACAGAGCACGAAAAGUGAUAUUUUCGUUUCCCGGAAACAUUCUUGAAACUUUCAGCAUAUCUUCUUCCCAUUUGGAUUUUCCAAAUAAUUAACAAAUAUGUUUUAGUGUAUUGUGUUCAGUUAAGUCACAAACACAUGAAUACCAUGUGGAAAUUACCCCAUUAUAUUGAAAAUAUCUUAGUAAUAACAUCGACUAAUGACAUACAUUGUAACGCUGAACACAUCUGGUCACGAAAUGAAAAUACCAAAAUUGUCUAUCAUAAAUCAUGAAUAUGUCUGUCAUUAAAUAUUUUUUCGCCAUCAAGAUUUUACAGGUUCUUUUUCAU